GCGACCGAAUCUUGCCACGUUGUUGGACACUUAUCCCAGCCACCGGCCUGCGAUCUGCACCGGUGUAGACAAAAGGGCGGCAGCUCCGUCGACGUAAGAAGGACUCCCGCCUCACAUGCAGCCUCUGCCCGAUUCGGACGAGGGGGAGGCGGACGUGGACGUGUCCAACACAGUUCUGCUGGGUAGCGGGUCGUUCACUUCCCUCCUCCACGAAGGUGCCCAGGAAGAGGAACGCCUCCCCCCUGUGGAUCUCACAUUUGGCCUGCGGAGCGGGAGCCCAUCUUCUGCCACGCGCACUGUGCUCGUGAACCCUCAUCCCGACGACGACGCGGGGCAGGUAACAUUGGUCGGCAGGGGCAUGAGGGGUGGUUCUGCGCGUCAGGAGACGUCCGAGAAGACGAGGGAGCGGCCUCGAGUGCAGGCGACUUCUGGCCCGUCAAUUCCACGCACCACCGCUGGUCGCCCUGAGUGGAUGAACCCCCCUCCUGCGUUCUCCAGGGGCCGCGACACCGUUCCUCGUCCAGUUGAACGGGGUGUGAGUGUCGAAGACUUCCCUUUCGAGGGCGCGCGUGGAGAUGGCAGGCGGGUAUGGAAGGAGUCGAGGCAGGAGUUGCGGCGGCAACAAGAAGAGUCCAUAACGCAAGACGCGGUUGGCGGGGGGGGUGACGUCUGGACAGACGGUGACGAAGUUGAGUGCGACGUUGAGGAGGACGACAGCGGCGACGUGUUCCCGUUGCGUGCGCCGAGCAUGAGUGGCAGGGGCGGUAGAGGCAGGGCUUCGACGAAUGCUGGGCGGAGGCGGAAGAGGCCGUCGGCGGCCUCUGCUGAUGCGGAAGGUGAGGGGGAUGGGGAGGGUGGCCGGAAUUUCUGGUUUGUGGAUCACAUGGUGGCCCUCAUAAGGGCAAAGCGGGAUCAGGACGCCCAGCUGCAAGCGUCGGGGCACGCAUUCGCUCGGAUGCAGUCAAGGGAGUGGAAAUGGUUGGACGUCCAGGAGAGGUUGUUGAAGGUCGGUGUUGACAGGCCGGCAGACAAAUGCGGGAAGAAAUGGGAUAAUCUCAUGCAACAGUUCAAAAAGAUCCACACUUUCAUGGGUAUGUCGGGGAAGGAGGACUUCUUCCAGUUGACGAGUCAACAGAGGGCAGAGAAAGGAUUCAGCUUCAACAUGGAUCGGGCCGUCUACGAGGAGAUCAAAGGGGCGAAGGAGAGGAGCGACACUAUCAGCCCGAGCAAUCUUGCAGACACCGGUGGCGCAGGAGGUGUGCAACUCCCAUCUGCUCAAUCGGCGACUCCGGAGUUUGUGGGUGACGGGGAUGCCGCUGGAGAUGGCAACGACGAAGACGACAGCUCAGCGCGUGGGGCCUCACAGACGACUGGAAGUCCGGCCGAUUUCGGGAAGAGGAAAAACGUGCGGCAGCAGACAUUCGAGGCCUUAAGCGAGUGCAUGGAGAAGCAUGGGGCGUUGAUGGCGUCGACGAUGGAGAGCGCGAGCAUGAGGCAAUGUGAGGCGAUGGAGAGCGCGAGCAAGAGGCAAUGCUCCAUUCAAAUUCGGCAGUAUGAGGCUAUCGAAGCGGAGGUGGAGACGGUGGCCAAACGACAUCUUCGCGUUCGGACUCCUCGUCACGCACUCCCUUUAUCGCCGCCAUCGCGCAGUCCCGACGUCAUCUUCAUGCCACGACACCGUUCCUUUUCGCGCAGUGUGUGUCUUGCCGCCAUCUCUCUCGCCAGACGUCAUCUUCACGUUGGGACUCCUGUUCGCGCACUGUUCGUCUCGCCGCCAUCUAUCUCGCCACACGUCAUCUUCACGUUGGGGCUCUUGUUCGCGCACUGUUCGUCUCGCCGCCAUCUAUCUCGCCAGACGUCAUCUCCACGUUGGGACUCUUGUUCGCGCACUAUGUGUGUCGCCGCCAUCUAUCUCGCCAGACGUCAUCGUUGGGACUCCUGUUCGCCUAGUGUGUGUCUCGCCGCCAUCGCUCUCGCCAGACGUCAUCUUCACGCUGGGACUCCUGUUCGCGCACUGUGUGUCUCGCCGCCAUCUCUCUCGCCAGACGCCGUUUUCGCCAGACGUCGUAUUCACGCUUGGAGUCCACCUGCGCAGGCUUUUCCUCACCGCCAUCAUUCUCGCCCUUCCUUCUUCUCGUCAUCGUUGUCUGUCUUCUCCGCGAUGACGAAUACUCGCAACUCUAGCAAGGGGAAAAGGGAGAGGGACUCCCAGAAAGCGGAAGCUGCCGGCGUCGUGAAGCGGGGGAGGCAUCAGGCGAAGAAGCCCAAGGCAUCAAGCGGCGGUGCUCUGGUGAUCGGGAGGUCCGCGCGGGAAGAAUGGGUUGACGAGGCCAGCAGCGGACAGGACGACGAUUUCAAAUUGGAGGCGGACUUGUUUCAUGGGAGGAAAGUGACCUUGCGUGACGUGUCGAACGCGAGAAUGGUGAGCGGAGAGGAAGGCGUCGACGGUGGUAAAGAUGGGGGUCACGGGGUUGCGCGAGGCAAGGGUGAGGCGGUCGGCGACGUGGGAGGUGGUGUUGCUGCCAGGGAGGAGCGUGAUCAGCCGAUGACCCCUGCCAUGCACGGCGCCGUGCCGUCGAAGGACGUGCAGGCCGCCCAAAACGUCGGUAAACACCCGCCAAUGCGGGCGCCUUCAAACCCAGCGACACCCACGGCGGGACAGGCGAGAAGGGAUGAAGGGGCGGGGGUGAAUGCGGCAGUCAGGGGACAGCUUGCAACGUGCAUUCCCGCAAAGGAAGCCGCAGCGGUGGGAGCCGUCGUUGGUACAUCGACGGCAGGCGCGGGGGGGGCGGUGGCGACGGUCGUGAUGAUGCUGAUGACGACGAUCCCCUCAUUAACAGGCUGAGGCGAUCCGGAAACAUGGCGGCUCUGGAGGCGAAAGAGAAACUGUGGGUAGACGAUCUGCGUUUCUGAAACGAGA